UUUUAUGUCAAAUAGUUGUCAAAGUUGUAAACCUAUUUAUUUUUAAAAUGAAUUCAACAUCGAAUAAUUCUAUAGCAUCUGGUUCAGAUCCCGUUAUAACAAAAUCCGAAGAAUUUACUAACGGUGAAAGAGAAAAUGAUGAAAAAUAUCAACCAACAACGUUAACAGAAGCAGAAAUUGCAGCCGAAAUAUGUCAUAUCGCUGGUAAUCCAACAUUUUGUAAAGUUGUUAAAGCUGCUUUAAAAAUGGAAAAUCAAUCAGAGAUUACCAAAAAGAGUUUUGCUGAUUUAAUGUCUCUUCCUACCAGAGAGUAUCUAGAUCUAACAGUGGUACCUAUUUUAACGAGUGCUCUUGUUUAUCUAGGAAAAGAAAGACCUGUUAAUCCGAUCAUCGCCCUGGCUUCAUUUUUAAUUAAAAAUAAAACAGAAUAUGAAUCGACUUACGAUCCAGGGCAGGCAACUCUGCUAUCUAAUGUGACUUCUUCAAGGGAUUUGCUUAUUACUAAAUAAAAAACUAUUUAGGUGGUCGGAAAAAAAUCUAGUUUAGUAUUUUUAAAGUUUUUUUAAAAUAUUUUUUUAAAUUCUAC